AUGCAGCUUCUGCAUCAAUACCUGAUGGCAUAUGACUUACGGAUCAAGAUCUUUAACGAAUUUCCUACGAUCGAUUCCACCUUACUUGUGGAGGCUAUAACGACGCCUGCUUCUCACUGGCCAACUAAUUAUCAGCAGCUAGAGUUCUUCGGUGACUCUAUCCUCAAGCUUGUGGUUGCUACGCAUGUGUUCUAUAAGUAUCCGCUGUGGCACGAAGGUUAUCUGUCAAAAUUCAAGGACCUGCUGGUCUCGAACGAGAGACUGACGCGGUCAGCCGUCCGUGCUCAUCUCGAAAGGUUUAUCUGCGCGGAUUUCGUCACGUGGAAACACCCCAUCUUUUCACCGAUCAUGGAUCAAACCCGGAAUAGGAGACUCCCCAGAAAAGCUUUUGCUGAUGUCGUCGAAGCCCUGACGGCAGCUGCCUACGAAUGUGGUGGGAUUUCGCUUUCCCAACAGGUUCUUGGCAUUUUUAUCCCCGAAAUUACGGAUAUCUCAAGCGCAUCUCAGAGCACGCAAAUGGACUACGAUGCGUUCUCAGCUCACUUGAAUCAGAAAAUUGAUCUGCUGCUGGCAUUCAAGUUCAAGAACCGGGCUUUGAUUUGGGAAGCACUCACGCACCCAUCAUGGCGAAGAGACAGCUCAACCGCAUCCUAUCAGCGGCUUGAAUUUCUUGGGGACGCGGUUCUUGAUUUUCUAGUCUCCAAAAAUCUCUAUAAGCGGUGUCCAAAGCUGUCCGAAGGCCGAAUGUCAGAAAUGCGAGCAGCUCUGGUAAAUGCCGACUUCUUGGCUUUCCUUUGUAUGGAACUCACCUUGCUCGAGCCAUGUUGUCACAGCCCAACUUCAAGGUCGGAGGACCUGUCUGAACAGACGACCCAACCGAAAGGCAUCUCCUUAUGGACGUUCAUGCGCCAUGACGCCCCAGACAUCAUCAAGAUUCAGGCUUCAUGCAACACGCGAUAUCAAUUACUGGGCGACAAGAUCAAAAGAAACUUGGUAAAUCAUGUCUCGUAUCCUUGGGCGAUGCUGGCUCAGUUGGGGCCAUCCAAGUUCUACUCAGAUCUUGUCGAGAGUACAAUCGGCGCAAUAUUUGUUGACAGUGGAGAUUGCUUGGAUACAUGCGAGCACUUUCUAGAAAGGAUUGGUUUGUUAGACUAUCUGGAGCGUUUCGUGGGGCAAGAGAAACACCUCGAACACCCGAUCAGCAAACUGCAUCGGAUUUCUGGAACGCAAACCCCGGAUUUUAAAUUCCAAGAGAUGGAUAAUGGGCUUCAUAGAGCUUCAGUAUGGCUGAGAAGUGAGAGGAUUGCGUCAGUCGAAAACUGCUCCACCAAGAGCCAGGCAAUUUUGAUGGCUGCAGAUGCGGCCAUUAUAUUUCUUUCUAAUGCUUAA